AUGAGCUCGCAGCGCUAUCAACGGGUGAAUGCCCACGAUGAAGAAGACGACUCACAUUCCUACCCGUUGAAUCCUACUCGAUCUAAUCUCACUCCAACGUCUCCACCGCCCUCGUUCCGUUCCGGCUCGCGGUCGUCCUCACCGUCCUCACGGCGGCUACUACAUGGCGACCCACUUCACAAUGAUGAUGAUCAGACCCUGGCCGAUGCCUUUGGGGAUGAAGAUGGAUCUGACGACGACGAGGAGCCCGACGAUAGGCAGCGGUUGAUGCGUGCUAAUCCGGAUACCGGCAUCCGGGGAAGUCGAUCGGUUGCCCCAUCGAAUGAUGGAGUGUUUGCCAAUUUGGCCGCCAAGCCAGAACGAGGCGAGAAGAACGAGGAUCUGCCUCCUUCUUACGAAGAAGCCGCUGCCGAUGCGACACCCCCAUAUUGGGAGACCACGAUCGUGGCGCCCGGCAUCUCGUCCGACGAAGUGUAUGUCGAUGGACUGCCCGUCGGAUCCGUGUUCUCCUUUGUGUGGAACGCCAUGAUCUCCAUGUCGUUCCAACUCGUUGGUUUCUUGUUGACGUAUCUCCUGCACACCACCCACGCCGCAAAGAACGGCAGUCGAGCGGGUCUCGGCCUUACCCUUGUUCAAUACGGUUUCUACAUGAAAGGCGGCAGCGAUUCCUCGGGCGGUGAUACUGGCAGUGAUCAAUAUGUCCCGCCUCCAGAUCCCAACAGUCACAGCUUUGAUCCAAACUCUGUCGGCGAGGGUUCCGGCGGCGACGGCGGUAACGCCCUGUCGGGCAUCACUACGAGCGAGUGGAUAUCAUACGUUCUUAUGAUUGUCGGAUGGUUCAUUUUGAUUCGCGCAGUCAGCGACUUCCUCCGCGCACGGCGUCACGAGCAACUCGUCUUGCAGAGUCCCGAUCGAGGAUUGGGUGUACCGGUCAUUGCGGAGGGAGAACGGUCUGAGACUGUUGUUUAA